UGCAGCCUAGAAGGGCAGCGAUAAGUUCUUUCCGGCUGCACUCUGCGUGCUUGGAUCUGAGGAUUCUAGAACGUUGCAAGUAUCACUCUGAUCUGAGUCUAAUCGUUUAUUAGAGCUUUAUAAGGAGCAUAAUAUGUAUAUACAACUCUGUAUUCUUACCACAUAAACAAGCUCGAGAUAGAACGCUCUCAGUCUUUCUUGUGCAGUCACAUAACCAUCUGGCAUUAUUUUCUAAUCCCUUUUUUUUUUUCCCCCAGAGCCUGUAGAAGCCAUGGCUACCUUUCUCCUGGUGUUUGGGAUUUCAGUAGGUGCUUAUGUCCUAAUCUACUAUAACUUCAUCAGAGGGAAGCAAUGUAAGAGCAACGCCAGCCUCAAGGGGAAGACCGUCAUAGUGACAGGUACAUCUUGGUUUCUCAAGUUGAUCUCAAAACUUCUGUCUUAGUAUUCUCGGUUUGUCAUUUGCUCCCCCACCCCCCUGCCAAAAAAAAAAAAGUCAAAUGUAUCUUUAAAUAAUUUUCAGUCUGCAUGUUUGCGGUACUGGAUGCAACCAAAUGUAAUAUAAAGUAUAUGAUUGUAGCAUUAAAAGCAUGCAAUAACAAUACCUAAUUUAAAACAAUAGGCAAAAAACAAAGCAGAUUUAAGGUUCUGAAGUAAGUUGCUUAAAAAGCCUGCUAUCACUGUAUUCACAGCCACAUUCCCAGCUUUGUGAACUGCGCUAUGUGCACAGAUAGAGAGCCAUGUUCGUUAACAUUGUACAUGCAUACUGGUCACACUAGUUUGACAGUUGUUGAAGAAUUCAAUAGCCUCCCUAGCUCCAGGGAGGGAUCAUUUAAAACUACUUUUUGCAGACACCUCAGUUGUAAGGACUCCAGACAGGAAGCAUGAUAUGUUCUGCAGUGGUUGAGGGAGAUGGGAUUAAAGCGGUUUGUGUUCUGUUAUGCAGUCCCCGAUCUUCCCUUGGUAUGUUUUAUUAGACUACAGACCUUGUACCUUGUCAUUUCAUUAUCAGAUUGAGAAAUCCUGUCUCUCUAUAGCUAGUCAAUAAAUUCAGAUACGAGGAUGAUUCAGUGGACAGACUUAACAUUAGAUUUUUUUUAAUAUAUAUAUAUAUAUAUACUUUAUGCGAAUAACACACAAUUAAUUUUUUUAUUGAUAGGGUAGUAUUUACCAGAACAAUGUAGAUGUUUGUAUUAUUAAUCUGGUAAAUCCUUUCACUAAUGAACCUCUUAUCAGACUCCCCCCCCCUGACGAGCCUCUAAAUCUGGCGAAACGCGCGUCGGGCUCGACACUGUGCCGACACCAUUCUUAUCAUUAUUUGCAUCCCUUUAUUCCCCAUGAUAAUUUCAUUGCGGUUUGCGGUUUAGACCUCAUACCCAUUAUAAUGUGACAACCGCUUUAAGUACCUGCAUAACAACUUCAUUUUGGCUGAUCGAUCGCCACUUUUAAUUAUUUGGAAGCAAUAUACCGAUCAGGGUAUAUUGGGAAGCAACAUACUGACCAGGGUAUCUGUUACUUCGCUAAUUUACAGUAUAUUUUAUUGCCUUUCUGAGUUCUUUUACUUUGUAACAUUGGUCUAUAUUUAUUUAUUCUCCCUUUACUAUAAUUGGUGCCCAUGAAGGCACUAUUCCUAUCUUAUUUAUCUUUUGAUUAUCACUAGAGGAGGUUAACCUUGUCACCUAGCUAUCAUACAGUCCUACUAUUUAGUUAGCCUGGUGUGAUACUUUCAGUCACUGCAUCAACCAAGCUCUAUCUUUCACUACCAAGUGCUGCCUGCUCACUCUAUUGCAUUAGUUGUGCAUUAUUUCAGCUAGUUCAGCACUGGAGCUUAUUUCCGGCCAACAAGUGACUCAGUGGGUUUAACUAGAACGGACCUAUUGAGUUGGCAUGUCUCCGUAGGAUUAGUUGUCACGUUAUAUUUUGCCAAUUCUAUUUUUGGCACGUCUAUAUAGUGAUGUAGCCACUUUUACAGGAAUCGAUACAUUGACACAUUUUAUCCAAAUAUAAGCUAACAGAUUUUGAUAUAUAUUUGUAGCUAAUCCUAGCGGUCUAGUUUUAGAAAGUUAUUUUGACUAAGUCUAUUGUGACAAUUUGUGUUACUCUCAGUGUGCAUACUCCUAGGAUACCAUACUCGGCAUUAUUCAGUUUUACAGUUUGUGGAUUUAUGCACACGGAUUGACUUCUCUCUCUCCUCUUUUGUUCCAUACUAUUUCAAUUAGCUUUGUUGUAUAUUUUGAUUCUGGAGAUUGUCACCAUCAACUUUACUCCUAAUCAUUCAACCAUAUUUUUGCAAUUUAGACUUUAACUUUGCAAUUUAUUUUUAUUUUUGUUUUGUGUCCUCCCUUACUCCCCUUAUCCCCCCUAUGUAUACACCCUAAGCAUCAUCAUGUUGGUUACUCUAUCUGUCUAUACUACAUUAUCGUGUUAGAGGCAGUUUAUUUUGGGAAACGUCUUUUCAUAUAUAUUAAUAAAGUAUCUUCUAGAUUUUUAAUUUCAGGGACAGAUUCUUUUCUCUUUGUUCCAAAAAUUUAGGGUUACCCCCUUUCUGUUCCCUUUAUAUUUGAUAAUCUUAUGGGCCAUUUUUUUUCUUCUCUUAUCAGACUCUGCAAACCCCAAGACUAAUUGUGUGAUUAACUGCAACAGUUUAAACUUUAUAAACUGUAUCAUGCUUGUGUCUUUUAGGAGCAAAUAUAGGCAUUGGAAAAAUGACCGCUCUUGACAUGGCGAAGCGGGGAGCACGCGUCAUAAUGGCUUGCCGCGUUAAAGAAACCGCAGAGGCAGCUGCAUAUGAUAUACGAAGGGCAAGUUCACAACAAAUAUAUGUUUGAGGGGUUUUUUUUUGUUUUGUUUUUUUUAAAUAUUGCAUGCAUCUUCCAAAAAAAAUUAAAAUGGACACUCCAGGAGUUAAAAAAAUAAAUAAAUAACAAAACAAGGUUAUUUAAUAAGUUUAGAUUUGAACCCUAUGAAUUUUGUUCCUCCUUCUGUUAUAUCAUAUAAGCCCUCAUUAUAUAAAAAAAUUUGAUGAUUACAUGGCGUAUUUAGGGCCAAUGGGUUGUGCUGUAUGUAACUCUUCACAGUAUGGCGGGGGUACACAUGCAGCCUCUUGUCCUAUAUAAUCAUCAAAGGGACUCUCUAGACUUAAUAUAUAUACCCCCUCCCCUUUUAUUGUAUAUGCAUGUCUGAGUUUGAUAUUAUUAAUUGGCAGUGAAUAAAUAUUUUUGAAAAAUGUAAAUUGUAAAUAUAAUUGUAAUACUAAUGCAUUCAGAAUUUCCUGGUCAUAGUUGGGCAAGGAUGAAGAAUAUGUAUCAACAGGUCUAAUUGGAGUCCCCAUCCCUUUUUAGCAUAGAUCUAAAAUGAAGAUUUGUAUCAGUAAUAAUGCCGUGCACAGCUCACAAACCCUCACUGGAUUCCUAGCCACACUGCUCUCUGUGUGUUUGCAUUGAUGGGUGUAAGAACAGGAAUUUCUUACCCCGUUUAAUUAAAAGCCAAUGGUCAGCUCAGUUACUCAUCUCCGCAAAAUACAGCUGCACUUGGAGGCUAAAAGCUAUUAAAUGCAUUUAAGAUGUGUGGGUACCCAGAAUGUCUGUUUAAAAGGGGGACUUAGUAUUUUGGAUCAGAGUACCAGGGAGAUAUAAUUGGAUCAUGCUUAGUGUUAGGAAUAAUAGUCCAAAUUACACUUGAAUAUGUAUAUAGUGUACCAUAAGUAACAUUCCAUUGUUAUAUGCAUUGCUUACAGUUAUCUGGGAACAAUGAAGUGAUCUUUAUGCAUCUUGAUCUGGCCAGUCUUGAUUCUGUCCGAGCAUUCUGCAAAAACUUUCUCAGUUCUGAGCCUCGAUUAGAUAUUCUUAUUAACAAUGCAGGUAAGACGGUAAGCUUCAAAGUGUUGUGUAUUCAGCAGGAGAUGCAGCCAGUUGCAUAG